AUGCACGGCUUUGUGUUCUCUAUAGACCGUGGAGGUACGUUCACGGAUUUGUGGGCCAGGUGCCCAAAUGGAAAUACGCACGUUCUUAAAUUGCUCUCCGAAGAUCCGAGAAAUUAUGCAGAUGCUCCGACAGAAGGAAUUCGUAGAAUUUUAGAAAAGGAAUUAGGUAUUAAGUUGAUGAGGAAUCAACCAAUAAAUGGAGAUUUUAUAGAAUGGAUAAGAAUGGGCACAACUGUUGCAACUAAUGCUUUAUUGGAAAGAAAGGGAGAGCGAAUUGCAGUCAUUAUCACAAAAGGAUUUAAAGAUGUCUUCAUGAUCGGUGACCAAUCCAGAAACAAUCUUUUUAAUUUGAAUAUAGAAAACAUGGACAUAUUGUACGACGACAUCGUAGAAAUUAAUGAAAGAAUCGUCUUGAAGCAAGACAGUUGUCAGCUGAACACAACUUUCAAAACAGUCGAGGCAAACACUGGAGAAAAGCUAGAGAUAUGGGAGGAGAUUGACAUGGAAUCAGUUAAAGAGUUGCUUCUAAAUAUUUGGAAGAAAGGCAUAAGACAUUUAGCAGUCGCGUUAGUCCAUUCUUAUCUAUAUAACGCUCACGAAAAGCUUGUUGAGAAGAUUGCUUACGAAAUUGGGUUCGUCAGCGUAACUCUUUCAUCUGAAAGUUGCCCUAUGGCCAAAUUAGUUCCGAGAGGUUCCACAGCUAUUGUGGAUGCUUAUCUGACGCCAUGCCUUAAGACUUACAUAUCCAAUUUUCUCAAAGGAUUCAUAAAUCUGCCCUUUUCAAAAGUGUUAUUCAUGCAAUCCAACGGAGGAUUAACGCACUUAGAAAGUUUCACUGGUUCGAGAGCGAUAAUGUCUGGCCCAGCUGGCGGUGUGGUUGGCUAUGCCAAGACUACAUAUAACAAAGAAACCAAUACGCCUGUAAUAGGUUUUGACAUGGGAGGUACAUCAACAGACGUGAGCCGUUAUGCCGGAAACUUCGAAGAAAUAAUUGAAAACAUGAUCAAUAAAAUCAAAAUUUUGGUUCCUCAACUAAAUAUCCAGACGGUUGCUGCUGGCGGAGGUUCUAUAUUGUCAUUAAGAAAUGGCAUGUUCAUUGUUGGUCCUGAGUCGGCCAGUGCACAUCCUGGUCCCGUCUCCUACAGGAAAGGUGGGCCGCUAACAGUUACAGACGCCAACCUUAUUUUGGGAAGAAUAAUUCCUGAUUACUUUCCUAAAGUUUUUGGAGAAUCUGAAGAUGAAUCUCUUGAUGUUUCCGCUGCUUUAACAGCUUUCCAAUCUUUGACGGACCAGAUCAACAGUUUCAACAAGCAAAAUGGAAUCAGCGCAGACUUUUCAACUGAACAAGUUGCUCUCGGUUUUAUUAAUGUUGCCAAUGAAUCUAUGUGCAGGCCUAUCAGAUCUUUGACUGAAGGCCAGGGUUAUGAUACAUCGAAUCAUAUUUUGAGUUGUUUUGGAGGUGCGGGCGGACAGCACGCGUGCGCCAUGGCCAAGUUGCUAGGCAUCAAAACUAUAUUCAUCCACAAGUAUUCUGGUCUCUUGUCAGCGUUUGGACUUGCGUUGGCAGAUGUCGUUGUUGAGAAUCAGCAACCCAGUUCACUAUGCUAUCGUGAAGAUAGCUUUGCCUGGAUUGACGCUAGGGUAGAUGAAAUGAUUUCAAAAUGCAAUAAUGAAUUACUUUUGAAAGGAUUCACAAUAGAAAACAUAGAAAAUGAGGUAAUAUUUCACAUGAGGUAUGAAGGAACAGAUUGCGCACUUAUUUGCAGCAAAGGUCCAAAGCGCUACGACAAAUAUUCGUGUUCUAAAGACAAUCUGGAUACUUAUUUCGUUGAAAAGUUCAACCAAGAAUUUGGCUUCAUAUUGGAAGGGCGACAUGUUGUGGUUGAAAGUCUGAGGAUCAAAGGCAUUGGAAGGUCUAGCAUUAAAGUUGACUACGAAAAGCAAGAAAAUGCUCAAACCUUGACGCAACCUGAAACUGUUAAAAAUAUUCUUCUAGUUUUCUUCGAUUGUGGCUACCUAGCCACUCCUUUGUAUGUUUUGAGCCAACUUGCCACCCAGCAAAUCAUCGACGGACCAGCAGUCAUCAUCGACCAAAACAGCACAAUUCUGGUGGAACGGGACUGUCAGGCUUACGUUACUGAGGAGAGAGACAUAAUUAUCAAGGUCGGUAAGGUUCAGAAAUUGUCAAUGAAUGUCAGUUUGGAUCCUAUCAAGUUAUCGAUAUUUUCUCAUCGAUUCAUGAGCAUUGCAGAGCAGAUGGGAAGAGUGCUUCAAAGAACUGCAAUCUCCACCAAUAUUAAAGAAAGGUUGGACUUUUCGUGUGCGCUGUUCGGUGACGAUGGGGGCUUGGUGGCGAAUGCACCUCACAUUCCCGUUCAUUUAGGAGCAAUGCAACAAGCCGUGCAAUAUCAAAUGCAAUCGCUGGGAGAUGAUUUGAAAGAUGGAACAGUGAUAUUAUCCAAUCACCCUUGCGCCGGUGGCAGCCAUCUUCCCGACCUCACCGUCAUAACGCCCGUGUUUUACAAAGACUGCACCAGGCCGGUAUUUUUUGUGGCAUGUCGAGGUCAUCACGCUGAUAUUGGCGGCUCCACUCCUGGAUCUAUGCCUUCCAAUUCCACGUCCAUUCAUGAAGAAGGAGCUGUUUUCAAAUCAUUUCCUCUGAUCAAAAAUCAUUCGUUCAAUGAACAAGAAUUGAUUGAAGCCCUGAAUGCCCCGUCGACACAUCCAGGUUGCACUGGCAGCAGGAAUGUUUCCGACAACAUCAGUGAUCUGCGAGCUCAGGUGGCAGCUAACAAUAAGGGGAUUUUACUUGUCCUGGAGCUCAUAGAGGAAUAUGGAUUGAACGUUGUCCAGGCAUACAUGAAUUAUAUUCAGUCUACUGCACAAUAUGCUGUUCGCAAUUUGAUGAAAAAUGUAGGUCUUAAAAUCAAAGAUUCAAAGAAAGUUCUUACUGGAGAAGACAAAAUGGAUGGUGGCUUUACUGUUCGCUUGACUGUUACCAUAAACGAAUCAAAUGGCUCUGCAAUUUUUGAUUUCAGUGGAUCAUCGUAUGAAGUUUAUGGAAAUCUGAAUGCUCCAAAAGCUGUAACUUAUUCAGCAAUAAUCUACUGCUUGAGGUGCAUGAUUGGACAGGAAAUUCCUCUCAAUCAAGGGUGUCUCGAGCCGAUCACGGUGAUCAUUCCAGAUGGUUCCAUAUUGAAUCCCAGCGAGGAAGCUGCUGUCGUGGGCGGCAAUGUUCUCACCUCACAGCGCAUCGUUGACGUCAUUUUCAAAACCUUUCAAGUCUGUGCCGCUUCGCAGGGCUGCAUGAACAACAUCACAUUUGGUGAUAACAAGAUGGGGUAUUAUGAAACUGUCGCUGGAGGUUCCGGUGCUGGUCCAAACUGGCAUGGCAGAAGUGGCGUGCACACCCACAUGACCAACACCCGCAUCACCGACGUUGAGAUUCUUGAAAAAAGAUAUCCUGUGGUCUUAAAGACGUUUGCAAUAAAUGAAGGGACGGGUGGUAUUGGUGAAUUUAAAGGAGGAGAUGGAUUAAUCAGAGAAAUGUUGUUCCGAAAAAAUCUUAUUCUCUCUGUUCUCACUGAACGUAGAGUAUUUCAACCUUACGGCCUGAAUGGUGGUUACCCGGGCAAGUGUGGAAGCAACUACUUGAUCAGGGACAAUAAAAUGAUCAACAUCGGAGGGAAAAAUACAGUGCCUGUUAAACCUUGGGAUGUCUUCAAGUUGAAAACGCCUGGAGGAGGUGGCUACGGACAACCAAAGCAACACUGAAGCGACAUUAAAUGUCAAAAUAUUUGCAGUUUUUUUAAAGAGACCUUAUUAUUGGAUUUAAAAAUCAUUUAAACUUAUGUUGAAACUAAUUUUGUAUACUUUCACAACUACUGGUCCACAAUCACAUAUUCGAAUUUGUUUUUUUGCUAUAACGAAAUACGCUUGGUCAUGAUAUUGUACAUUUUAUUUCAAUUUGUUCACAUCGCGAUUUUUCAAUUACGGCAAUUAGUUUUUACUUUAUUAGCAAUUGCAACAUUUUGUUUUCAUUUAUAUUUGAAAUAUAUCCUGAUUUUUUUCCAA